AUGGUUUGCAGCAUAUCUUUUAGCAUUGUUGUGUUAUCCUCGGCACUCCUCAGAUAUUCUGGCGUUCACGUUGCCGAAAUUAGAGCAGGAAAACCCACAGAACCUGUCACUACCGAAGUCGUCAAGGAACCCGAACCUCCUGCAGUAGUUACCGCACCUGACCCAAACGAAUUCGUAGAGGAAUGGAGAUUCAGACCACUCGAAUGGAAGUUGAAUGAAUUUUCCAAAUGGCUAAAGAAAGCCGAAGAGAACUGGAAGGAAUUUCACCUUGUUCUUGAAGAUGGAAGAACACAAUGGAUUGAAAAUUUGGGAGAUUCAGAAACAGGAUGGUUCCAAAGCGCAGAGAAAAAAUGGAACAACUAUAACGAAAGUCUGGAUAUGGAAUACAAAAGCAAUAUAUUAAAAAAAGCAAAAGAAUGGAAAGAGACUCAAUGGAAAGAAUGGAUUGAAAAAAGUUUAAAGAAAUAUAUUACGGACGAUUUUAAAAAAUGGAUUAACGACCACCAAAAUAACUUAAAUGCAGCUCUUCGUGUAAACUGGGAAACAUGGAAAAAACAACAAAUGCUAGAAUGCAAUUCAAUACGCUGGAGAUUAGGGGAGGAUAAGCAAUGGAUGAGAUGGCUCUUCCACUGUCCAAACAAGGAUGAUAUUACAGUUCCUGAAGAAUAUAAAGCACUUUAUGAAAACUGGAACGUACGAAAAGGGGCGGAAGCAGACCAAUGGAAAAAAUGGACCGAUAAAAUAGAAAAGAGCGUUAUCUUCAAGGACACUCCUGCAUGGACCAAAUGGAAGAAUGAUAAAACUGCUGCCUUCGACAAAUGGCUAGCUGCAUUCACUAACAAAUUAAUCGCCCAGAAGCAGUGGACCCGAUGGUUCUGA